AUGAAUCUACAGUGUAUUUCUGUAAUAAUUCAAGAAGCUUUCCAAAGUGUACCAAGCUUUGUAAACGAAUUAAAAGAUGAGAGAGCUGUUGAAAAUGAAACGAUUGUAUUUGAAUGUCAAUUUUCUGGAAAUCCUACUCCCGUGAUUAUAUGGUAUCACGAUGAUAAGAUUGUCAGAAACUCACCAAAUGUUCAGAUUAAAAUCGACGACACCAAAACUACAUUGACUAUUAAAAAAGUAACAAAGGAAGAUGAAGAACAUGCGGACGAAGCAUUCACAGCUACUGAAGAUGAAGUGGAAGAAAAAGAAGUGGAAGAAGUGAAGAAGACGAAAAAGACUAAAAAGAAGACCAUAAAGAAGAAACAUAAAAAAGAAUCUGGAUCAUUUAAUGAAACGGAAACAAAAGAAUCGCUUGAAAUUACUACUUCUAAAACGGUAGAGGAGAAACUAUCGUUACCGGAACACGAACCGUUGUCCACGUCAGAAACGGUUUCGGACGAGACUGUCAAGGAAGUUCGUGGACCAGAAAUUGUUCACCCAAAACUGUCCGAAGAACCAGCACUGUUCACAGCACUCAAGGUCCGGAAACCUGCGGUGGUCCAUGAAGUUGACCAAGUGUUAGAUCAAGUUGAACUGGCUGAGUUUGGACCGGCUGAAUGGCCAUUACGGGAAUUGGCCACCAUCGAUAUACUCACCCGACAUGGUAUAUCCACGGAACAGGUGAUCGAAGAGUACACGUCAGGUCAAUUCCCUGCCUUGAGGACUGCGCCUGCUCAGUCAGCCAUGGUGCAUCUUAUCGAACGUGAAGGGUACACAUCUUUGGUUGCAGACGUCUUCACAAAAGAAUCGACCAUACCUGAAACAGUCAACGAAGUGUUUAAGGCAUUUAUGACAAUGGUCGAGUUGAAACAUAGCACACUGGAAGAGAUCAUUACUUAUUUGUUGCCGGAAGAUUUUCAAACCAGCACCUGGGAUUUCGAGCACGCAUCUCAAAUUACUACAGAUGAUACGAUCACCGAUACAGCUGAUAUCAGCGAGUCUGUAAACAUAUUAGUCAAUGAAGUUAAGAAGAAAACUCGAUCAGCAAAGAAAUUAGUUAAAACAAGCGAAGAAACUUUGUCAAUCGUUAAUCCUGACACUCAAUCACCUCUUGAAGAAAUUGUUAAGACUUUUGAAUUUAUACCAUGUUUGGCGAUAAAAGAUGUUAUACCCAAAGAAAGUAUAAAAAUUAUUGAAAUUUAUCCGAAUCAAAGCCUAGGUGAAGGAUCAGAGUACAAACCACAAAAUAAGGAAGCUAAAGUUACUGUAAUUUCACAUUCACAAAAAGUAGUCACAGAAGCGAUUGCCUCUAUAAAGGAAGGCGAAAUCAUACAAGAACGUAUGCCACAGACAAAAAAAGCAAUACAAGAUUAUGUUGAACACGAGAGUAUAAAUGUUGUGGAAGUGAAUGAAGCACACACUGAAAGUCAAUUAAAAGACGUAUUUAAACCAGCGCUAGUGAAAUCUUCAGUUGAAUAUCCACUUAACGAACAAUUAGUUGUCAGUGAAUCACAUUAUGAAAUUCAACCAGAAAAUUACUAUCCAGAAAUAAUUGUGCCCACUGAAAUCGCCAAACAAUUAAUAGUACCAUCAAACAAUGCCAUAACGACAUUUCAAAUAGAAUCUUCAGAAAAAGAAGACAAGUAUGAUCGAUCAAAACCUCCAAUUGAAUAUAAAGCAGAUAUUUUAAUUAUUCCCGAAAAAUAUAUUGAAGUCAGCGAGUCAAACAUACAAGAAAAAGAAACUAAAUUAGAAAAAGAAAAAAUGCCUGAGAAGUCAUUCGCAAUGUCUGAUAUAACUGUACAAUCAAGCAUAAUUGUAAAUUCAGUUAAUCAAGAAGAAAACGAAGAAAACUUUAAUACUCAUUUACCUCAAUCACAUACUGCAAAACUGACGAUAAACAACGCAAAUAAAGUGUGUAGUUCGUCAAUAAUAGAAAUAAAUGAAGCAGAAUCUGAUUUAAAUAUUCCUGUCGUUCCAGAAAUGAAACAAAUUGAAAGCUCCGUUUUUGGUUUGGAAGUGCUGGAUGUAACUGAAAUUAUACCUAACGAAACAGAAUCAAAUUUUACAUCACAAUCAGCGUUAGAGUUAUUACCAGAUACUAGUUUUAUAGAAAAUAAUUCAUGCAUUGUCACUGAAACUACACCUGAUGAUUAUUCAACUGAUUUACCAAUAAAUUUAAAUUACAAAACAUAUGAGGCCGAACCAAUAUUUGAAGAAUUAGAAGCCAAACAAAUAUCUCAGAUCGAUGUACAUGAAAAUGAUAUCCCAUUAGAAGAAACUUCUAAACCAACUUCAGUUAAACUGGAAACAAAUUAUUCCCCAAUUGAAAGUAUAACUGUAGAACAAACAGUUGUGGCAGAACAAGAACAGUUCUUGUUAUUAAAGGUACAACCAGAAUUGCACAAUAUCGCAAGUGUGCCAUCUCAUUCUCUUCAAGCUGUAGUUAUUGAAGAAAUUACACCGGAGAAUAGUGUCACAGACCUAAAAAGCAUGUAUAAGGAUAAAAUUCGACACACAUCAAAAACAGCCCACAUUAAUUUUGUAGAUGACCAAUGUAUUGUAGUAAAGGAAGUUUCGGCUUAUGAGUCAGAAUCUAAUUUAACACUUGAUAGUCAACCUGAAAAUAUGCGGGCGGUACCAGUGUUUUCUGAAAAAUAUAAAAGUAAUAAGGCAAUACUAAAACAUGUACCGUAUAAAGCAUGUGUGUCCGAAGUAACAUCUGUAAAUGAGUUAGAGGAUAUUUUGUUAAAUAAAGAAAAGAAACAACCAAAAACUGUAGACAUAACAAUUGACGAAGUAAUUGGUGUAAAUAUUACAGAACAGUCUAUUUACGAAAAAGAAAAAAUGACGAUUGAACAAAAAGUGUUUAAAACUAAAAAGGCUAUAACUGAAUUUGUUCCAAUUGAGGCUGUUGAUCGCUCGGAAAUCGUUACUGGAGAUUAUACAUUGGAUUUGAUACAGCCAGAGGUUUCUAAAUUACACGCAUAUCAUCAACCUAGUACUUUUGAAAGUGUAAUUUUGUACGAAACCAACAUAUCUGAAAAAGAACAAGUAAUGAAAGAUGACAAAAUACCAUCACCAUGUUCGGCAAAUACAUCGUUAAUAGUAGAUGAAGCAAUAGAGGUUACAGAAAUCAUUUCUGACAACAGACCAGAAGAUAUUUUUAUUUUAACAGUACCUAAAGAAGAAACAGCUGAAACUAAUAUUAUACCAUUUAAACCUCUUGGAGGCCAAGACAUCAUGACCUGUGAAAAUGUGGAAACAGUAACAGAUAAGAGUCCAGUUACUGGAGUUGCCCAUGUAUCUCAAAAACAAUUUCAUAGUUUAGAAACAACUUUAAUAAUACCUACAGAUUCAGAAAAUAAGUUAUCGGAAUUUGUAAUGCCAAAUUCUAAAAAAGCAGAAACAAAUUAUAGUGAAUUGGAUAUUCCAAUUAGUGUAGUUGAAAUUUUAACGCAAGAUAAAGAGCUAGAUUUUAAAGCUAACGAAAUUCCAUCUCAUACAUUGGACCGACAAGAAAUUAUUUUAGAAGAAUGUCGGGUAACGUCAGAAACAAUGGUAUGCAAUUCUACAAGUGAUUUUGAUGAACUUAUACCACAAUCAGUUUAUGCUUUAUCGUCUAAAAGCACUCAAAUAGCAAUUGAGUCACUAGAAACAGCUCCUCUUGAAAAAGAAGGGUUAUUAGUGGAAAAUAAUAUACUUCCAGAAAAACGUGCUGAUUUCACGUAUGAAGAAGUAAAGAGCAUUCAAAUCACUGAACAAGUUCAACUCGACACCAAGCAAAACUUAAUAAUUGAAUGUUUACCUAUGGAGCGAAAAAGUAAUAUUACAAUCACAGGACAAGAUAUUGCAGAAACCUUUGAGACAAACGUCGAAAGUCCCAUUGAAGACUUAAAAAUUGAAUUUCCAAAAGAAAAAUCAGCUAAAAGUAUUGAAGCAACAGAAGUUCAUGGCGUUGAAAUAUCUGAAAUUAUAACUCAAGAGAAGGAGUCUUCAUUAGAUGAUAAUAAACAACACAACACACAAACUGUAAAUAUUUUAGUCGAAGAUAAAUCAGCAAGUUAUAUGGUUACUGAAAUAUUCCCUAAUGAAAAAGAAAUCCAACUUAUUGAAAAAUUUCAGCCCAUUUAUCACCAUGCUGAACAAGAUAUUUUAAGUCACGAAGGACUGCAAGUUAAUGAAACAAAUAUUUCGAUUUGUGAAAAGGAGUUAAGUGAUUUUGAAUAUUCGACGAAAUUAGGAAAUCAAGUAAUAGAACCCCUCAAAUGUAUUGAAAUAUCCGAAGUAAAUAUUCAAGAACCAGAAUAUAGUGUAUUUCAAUCAGAUAAUCCAAAAAUGGAAAAUGCCGUUCAUGGUUUAAACGAAAAUGCAGACUAUAAAGUUCCUCAGAAAUCUGAAAAAACUGCAUUGGAGUGUGUUCAACCUUUGAAAGAUAAUAAAGAAACUGUACAACAAGCUUCAUCUAAACAUGUAUUAUUGGAAAGUAUAAGUACAACUGUAGUUGAUUUACAAGAUAAUGAAAUGCCAUUUGAGCAAUCAACACAAUUCACUGAGAAAUCUGCCUCACUAGAAUAUGAAAUGGAACAAACCUUAGACGUAACUGAAGUAUGUACAGGGGAAUCUGAGUCAGAUUUAAUCCCUUCGUCUUUGCCAAGGAGCCACAUUGCAGUAAGUGAAAUAUCAGAAACUCAACAAGUCGCAUCCAGUUUUGAAAUUCUAUCUCAAAAUUCCACCCAUAAUUUAAGUCUCCAAACGUUGCCAUCCAUAAUUUCCAUAAUUCCAAAAUCUACAGAAACUCAUAGUAUUGAAGUUACCGAAACACCUUAUCAAGAAGCUGAAAUACCAUUUGAACCAGUCGAAAAUGUAUUAAAAACUUGUAGUUUUACGAUUGAAGUGUCCCAAAAUAUUGAAGUAACAGAAAUUGUAACGAAUGAAUCAGAGAAAUCUUUAGACUUAGUUUCAAGUAAUAAAAGCUCAGAAGCAAAUAUUAUAUUUGAUGAAAAUCAAACUAUUACAAUCGAAGAAAUAGAAACAUCUGAUGAUGCUGCUCCGUUAAUUGAAUGUGUGUGUAAACCAUUAAGCGCCACAAAACAAUUAGAACCACUAUUAGAAAUUUUGGUAACCGAAGUUAUGUCCGAAGAGUCUGAAAUUGCUCAUGAAAAACAAAUCCCACCAUCAUUAAAAUAUGUUACUCAAAUAUUGCCAGAAAAUCAAAGUUUGAAUGUAACUUCUGCUAUUUUAGUUGAAAAAGAAAAUAUACUAAAUAAACCUAAACAAGAAAUUCAACAUAGUGCUCAAAUCUCUUCGGUAUACAGUCCUAUGAAAGUUGUACAAUUAGAAGAAAAUAUUAUACAAAUGAGUACGAAUGAUCUCAAAAUCACUACGCCCAGUGAAAUAUUUUUAGAACCAUCUCAAAUUCCUUUUGAUUCAAUCAAUCAAUUAGAAGUUAGUCCAUUGGAAAAAGAAUGCGAAUUAAAAGUAACAGCCAAUCAUCAAAAAGAAUUUGCAAACAUCAAUAUGGAUACUAAUAAUAUACUUGACACAACUGAAAUCAUAUUAGGUGAAAAAGAAUCUUUUUAUAAUCCUGUAACAAAACCAAUUACAAAACAAGCUUUAAUUGAUAUAACUGACAGUCAAACAGUUAGUAAAGUAUUCGAAGUAAAACCAGAAGAUAGCACAAGUGAAUUAAAUAUUCCUAAUGUCGUUACAUACACAGUAAUGCCAACUCAGGAUGUUGUCCAUGGUGUUGUGAUUGUUGACAAUAUAGGCCAUGAUAAAGAGGAGAUAUUUGAAGAAGAACUCAAACCACCAUAUUCUAAUGCUAAAAUAAACGUAGAAAAUGAAAAAGAGACAAAAACUGUAACUGAAAUUAUAACUCAAGAAAUGGAAGGACAAGUUAAGAGUUCAAAUAUGCCAUGUACUAAACAAGCUCAAAUAGAAAUAACGUCUGGUAAAGAGAUUGCAGAAAAAACGGAAAUCUUAGCAAAUACUGCUUUAGGAUCAUUAAAUGAUAUUGUUACUCAAUCAUCAACUGCUAUUCCAGUACAAGAUACAUUUGAAAGUAUUCAAUCCACUACAACUAUAACAGCGGACAAAGAAAAUCCAUUCUAUUCGAAUUUAAUCUACCAAAAAUCUCAAGUUGGCAUAAAUAUUGAAGAAUCAAAAAGCGUAAAUAUAACUGAAGUAAUCGUUGAAGAUAAAGAAGGAAAUUAUAAUUCUCCAGAAAUGCCAACAGUAAAAACUGCUGAAAAAUCUAUUUUACCGAAUGAAGCAGCUAAAACAUCUAUUGUAGUUGCUAAUGAACAUCUAAGAACAUUAGAUAAGGUUAAAAACAAAGAAGAAUCGGCUAAUAUUGUACUCGAUACUCAUACGAAUAUAGUAUCACAAACUGAAACAACUGUACAGGAAAGUGAAAAAUAUCUUGAACCUGUUGAACUACUUUCAAAUAAAGCGGAACUUACAAUGAUGCCUAACAAUAGCUUGAUUAUAACUGAAGUGAUAACAGAUCAUAAGGAUGAAAAGUUACAUAUCAAAAAAGAACAGAAAUCACAACAAGUUAUUACAUCUUUAUCAAAAUUCCAUGAAGUACCACAGGUAUUAGAAGUUAUUUCAUCAAUUACAACUAGUGAUGUAUUGACUCCUGUCAUCGAUAAUGAUCAUGCAUUGGUUUCUCAAUCAGAGCUACAUGACACAGCGAUAUCAACUGAAAUAAAUGCGUUAGAAAAAGAAAAACUGUUUACUCAAAAACCAAAAUUCGACAAUUUUACAGCAGAAGUUAAAUUGGAAGAAGAUAAAUCAAUAAACGUCUUUGAAACCAUCUUAAAUGAUAAAGAACUACCAUUAAUAACAAUAAAACCUUUAAAUAAACAGGCAUCAUUAACUCAGUCAUUAUUUGAUGGUGUUUCAAUAUCGGAAGUUACGUUGAAUGAAUCUGAAAUGGAUCUCGAAUCAACAAUAGUUCCGGAAGAACAAUUGCUAAAUGUAUCAUUUGAAAAUAAUAUUAAUAUUCAGGUGACUGAAGCAAACGUUGUUGAAUCUGAAAAAGAUUUCGUUACUUUUAUUCAAAAUACAGAAACUGCUACUAUUCCAAAAUUAAUAUCACAGCCAGUUGCAAAUGUUACGGAAAUAGUCACUAGCAUGAAUGUUCAAGAAUUACCUCAAUUGAGUCAACCUAAAUAUAGCAAAGCAAGUGCAAUCCAUUCAACAUUUGAAAGCAUAUUACAAACAGAGAUUGAUAUUUCAGAAUCUGGAGGUAUAUAUGAAAAACCCACAUGUAUCGAAGAAAGAGCAUCUGUCAAAACUGGAACAUUGGAAAACAUAAUAACAACAGAACCAGAAGUAUCUGAAAAAGAAGGACAACUUAAAGAAUUAAAAAAAAUUGAUUUGCAACAUGCAGAACUCUCAUUAGAAGAAAUUAAAUCUAGUAUCAUUAUUUCAAAUGUAGCCAGUGAACAUAAAGAGACUGCAUUUACUAUAGAACCAAUACGCAAAAGUUCAGUGGCAAAAAUUUCUUCAGAAAAUUUACAAGCAAUUACAAAUAGUGAACAAAAUGUUUCUGAAAAAGAAGGUACUUUACGUAUGGAAAUUCCAAAAGAUGAAAUUGCAAAUGUGAUAUUUGAAGAUGCUCAGUCCGGAAUUAUAGUUUCAAAUAUAUUCCCUGAAUUCAAAGAAGAAAAUUUAAAACUAAAAGACACAAAAUAUUCUAAUGCUAAAAUUGUAACGGAAAAUUUUGAAAGUUUAAUACAAAAUGAGCAAACUGUGAAUGAAAAAGAACAAUUUACAAAAUCUGAACCAAAACCAGCAACAACUAAUGCAUCAGUUUCAAUUGAAACAGCAAAAAUGGGAGCAGUUGUUUCAGAAGUGAUAAGUAAUGAUAAAGAAAAUGAAUUUAUUAAACCACAAAUAAGAGGAAAAUCAAAAGCAUCAAUAUCUACAGAAGAAUUAAAAUCACUAGUGACGACAGAAGCACAACUACUAUCAAAUGCUGUCGAACUACAGGUACCAAAUAUAGUUCCCGAUACUGCCGCCAAGAUAAAUAUGGAUGAACUCCAACACCUAACAAUACAAGAACUAGUCACAAAUGAAACAGAAUCGAAUAUGAAACAAAUGAACCCAAUUCAAAUCAAUAUAACUCCAACGAUACUAGAAUUAUUACCUUUAGAAUCAAAUCAAAUAGAAUCCGAGACACAACCAAUACUAUCCAAAGAACAAAAAACGAUUGAAUGCUAUGCAUCACAACUUGAACCCCAAGUAAAUAAUAGUAUCAGAGUGAACGAAGACAUAAUCUUAGAAACAACAGUAACACUAAAACCAGAAGAGAAAGACCAUCAAAGAGCAUCAAUCACUGACAUACCACAGAACACAGAUGAAAUAUUGCCAGCACUACACGGAGAACAAAUAACAUCAACGGUGACACAAAAACCACAAAAUCACACAUCACCACACACAGAUAAAACUCCGCACACAGAAGAACACAAAAUAAACAAGAAAAUAUUUAAAAAGAAAGACGAUGUGACACUAUUAGAACUAAAGCCACACAAAACUGAAUUCAUAGAUACGAAAGCUACACAUACUCCAAUAACUAAACAGCCAAGUUCUGAUAACGCAGACUUUGACCAUGAAGAGUUAGAAUCAGUAGAUAUAAAAAUGACUACAGUCGUUGAGGGUGGAAAGAAAAAAGUGACUAAAAAGAAAACAAUUAAAACU